AUGGGCUGUUGUAUUAAUACUCCGUAUGUAUAUCCUGAUGGAGGGGUCUAUGAUGGUGAACUGAAAAACGGUCUUCCUCACGGAAAAGGUAAAAUUUAGUGGAAAAAUGGAGAUUACUUCGAAGGAGUCUUCGAGUGUGGGAAAAAGAAUGGUAGAGGAAUAUUUAAAUGGAGUGAUUCAUCAUAUUAUGACGGAGAAUUUAAAAAUGAAAAUUUUCAUGGAUAGGGAGAAUAUCAAUGGUAUGGAGGCAGACUCUACAAAGGAUAAUGGGUUGAAGGAAAAAUGGAAGGUCAAAGUGUACUAAUUGAUGAUGGCAAACAUUAUCAAGGCUAAUUCAAAAAUGACAAAAAAGAAGGCAUAGGUGAAAUGAAAUGGUCUAAUGGGUAACAAUACAUAGGGGAAUGGAAGAAUGGGAAAUAAGAUGGUAAAGGAAAACUUAUUGAUGCUAAUGGUCAUUUAACAGAGGGGUUAUGGAUUAAAGGAAAGAAAUAAUGA